UGGUCUAUAAAGAGAAAAAUGCCUAUCACUGUUUUGAAGUUGCUGUAGUUCUAACUUCCAAGCACUAAUAUUUUUGCUUUUUUUUUUUUGGUCUUUUUUUGUUGGCAUUUUGAAAGGGGGUAUAAAGUGCAAAAAGGGUAUAUCAAAGUUCUUCUUUGGGUUUUAGUUUUCUUGAUCUGAUUCUUGUGAGGGGUGAAAUUGUUGGGAUUUGACCAGAAUCUUUGUGUAUGAAAUUUUCAUUUCAAAAAUGGACCAAACAAUUGAGAGGUCUCCAAAUGCACACAGGGGUUUUAGAGUUCAAGCUCCACUGGUUGAUUCCGUAUCAUGCUAUUGCAAGGUUGACUCAGGGUUUAAGACAGUUGUAGGGGCAAGAAAGUUUGUCGCAGGAUCAAAAAUUUGCAUCCAGCCGGACAUUAAUCCUCACGCACACAAGACUAAAAACUCCCGUAGGGAGAGGUCAAGAGUGCAGUCACCUCUUCUGCCUGGUCUACCAGAUGAUCUUGCAAUUGCUUGUCUAAUACGUGUUCCUCGUGUUGAACACAACAAGCUCCGUUUAGUCUGCAAAAGGUGGUAUCGGCUUCUUGCUGGAAAUUUCUUUUACUCUCUCAGGAAGAGUCUUGGAAUGGCGGAGGAGUGGGUAUACGUGAUAAAGAGAGAUCGUGACGGAAGGAUUUCAUGGCAUGCAUUUGAUCCAACAUACCAACUAUGGCAGCCACUUCCACCUCUUCCUGGGGAAUAUAGUGAAGCCCUUGGAUUUGGUUGUGCUGUUCUUAGUGGUUGCCAUCUCUACUUGUUUGGAGGAAAAGAUCCAAUCAAGGGGUCUAUGCGACGGGUAAUCUUUUAUAGUGCUCGUACAAAUAAAUGGCACAGGGCACCAGACAUGCUUCGUAAACGUCAUUUCUUUGGUUCUUGUGUAAUCAACAAUUGUCUUUAUGUUGCUGGUGGAGAAUGUGAAGGAAUCCAAAGGACUCUCCGCUCAGCUGAGGUUUAUGACCCCAAUAGGAACCGCUGGACCUUUAUUACUGAUAUGAGCACAGCUAUGGUGCCCUUUAUUGGGGUUAUUUAUGACGGGAAAUGGUUUUUGAAAGGGCUGGGAUCCCACAGAGAAGUUCUAAGUGAAGCCUAUAACCCGGAAACCAAUGGAUGGAGCCCUGUCACUGACGGGAUGGUUGCUGGUUGGCGCAACCCAAGCAUUUCCAUGAACGGUUGCCUUUAUGCUUUGGACUGUCGUGAUGGGUGUAAACUUAGAGUAUAUGAUGGAGCCUCAGAUUCGUGGAAUAGAUUCAUUGACAGCAAACUCCAUCUUGGAAGUUCUCGUGCUUUAGAGGCUGCAGCUCUGGUUCCUCUUAAUGGUAAACUCUGUAUAAUUCGUAACAACAUGAGCAUUAGUAUGGUUGAUGUAUCAAGCCCUGAUAAACAAGUGGAAACUAACCCACAUCUUUGGGAGAACAUUGCUGGUAAAGGUCACUUCAGAACUCUAUUUACUAAUUUAUGGUCAAGCAUCGCAGGACGAGGAGGGUUGAAGAGCCAUAUUGUGCAUUGUCAGGUUCUACAAGCCUGAGGAUUGUAAGUAAUGUCUAGUCGUCCUUCUUGACGAGAACUAGGAAUAGGUUCAGCCUCUUCAAUCUCAAGAACAAAAUCUUUUCCAUUAAAGCAGUUUUGACAUCCUCAACAUGGUCUCAUUCCGUUUGUGAACCAAAUUGUUGCAUCAUUCAUUUUCACUUCGAAAUGACCUUCUGCAGCCUCUGCAGAUAAUGCUCAACCUGGUAAUAUUUGUGCCUGUCAAGUGGAAGUGUUUUGAUUGUCCAUAAUGGCGUUGAAGAGGUGGGAUUUCACCGCCAACAGCUCGUGCAUGGAUUUCUCUGGUAUUUUCAUACUUUUGCCAUUAAUACAUCGCAAACGUCUGUUCAAACGCAGAGUUUGGAAGUAAAAAAUGAGGUUGUUUCUUUGCAUGAAAAGAUCAGAUAGCUCUAUAUUUUGUGUAUCCUUUUGGCCUGUAGUUUUGCACCGAUAGUUUCCCGUCUUAGAAUACCAUAUUUUGAACAUAGGUUGGUCAUUGAACUUGAACGAUAUAUAGCCGGAAUCUCUGCUUCUUAGCUUCUUCUCUCUGCCUUCUUUUCAAGAUUUGUACACAACAUAAUUGGAAUAGGAGUGGCAUUGCUAGCCAGCAUUAUGAUCUUGCUGCCCCUGCUGUUGAAUAUGUCGCUUAUGAUCGGUUAGAACGUAGUUUCUGUGUCAUGUCCUAAAGCUUGUGCUUUACGACGAAAGGUAUUGUAGAAACAGGUAUUGAUAGGUUCAGUGAUGUGACAUUUUCAAGAUUUUGCAUGACAUGCCUGAGUUUGUAUUCAUGCUUGCAAAGGUUAAUGUAAAAUCUUGAAAGAGUUACAUGUUGCGUUUUUCGCAUUAGAAUUCGUCGAAUUUCCUGUUUGUUGUAAUGUUUUAGAUGACAUUUGGUUAAAUGUAAUUCUAAAGUUUUUUUAUUGAAGAUGUGAUGCUAAAUGUUUUGGUAUUA